CAAAUUUGUGUUCUGACCGCCACAGUUUCGAAUCGAGGCGGGGGCUCAUGUCAAUGAACGGCUGUGAUUGAACCUAGGAGGGCUGUGGUCAUCGUCAAAUACUACUCCAACCCAAGACUGGGUCGAGUGGGAGCGAGUGGCCGCAGGAUUAGAGCGAGCGCCGAAAAGAACAAGAACGAGAGUGGAGAGAAGACGGGAAAAAGGGUGGCUUUUUUGGUUGUUCCGCUUCGGCCCGUCACUUCGACUUCGUUCUCCAAUCCGCCGGGGAAUUCGUCGCCCGCCUUCGAGGGUUUUGUCGCCGCCGCGAGGGCUCAUGCCAAAAGACAUCGGAUCUAGGGUUUUUUUGCGCGGAACGGAGAGUUCCGACGACCGCUGAUGCGCUUGGCGAAUGAGAGCCCGCGGAUCUGCGUGGGAUUUGGGGUUGGCGCGCUGAAGAGGCAAGAUUUCGUCUCCGGAUGGAGGGUGGUGGAAGCUUAGCCGCUCCUUCUUUGGGAUAUAUCCAUGGAUUAUGAUGAUAAUGACUUUCAAAACCAGCAUUUUCAACUGAUCGAAGAGGACAAUGAUGGCUUUCCUCAAAACUUACAGUCAUAUGCUCCACCAAAAUUUGAUAUAGAUGAUCACUUUCAGGCUCAUCUAAGGUUUGACAGUUUAUCUGAAACAGGGCUUUUACUUGGCAUUCAAGGUGAAGAAAACAAUUGGAUUGAGGAGUUCUCACCUAGAAACACUGCAGCAGAAUUCGGUUCAAAUUCUGCUCAAACAUCCAUUUCUGGGCAUGACAACAUCUGGUUCAAUGUUCCAACAUCUGAAUCUGAACAGAUUUUAGUGAAUUCUGUUGAAGAUAAUGAGAUGGUAAGUUCACAAGUUAUGAAUACAGCAUCAGAAACACAUGCAGUAGAAGAUUCUACCAACUGUGAAACUAAGAGUAUUGUGGAUACUAAUUCAACCCUUCUGGCUGAUGAAUUUCAUAAUAGCAUUUUGGAGUCAAAUGAAGAGGUACUUAAGGUCGAGCAAGUUGGAGUUAAUUCUCAAACUUCCAGUAAGGAACAUUCAGAAAUGGGCAUGGAUGCAAGUUCAUUGGAUCAAAAGUUACACUCUACCGGGAAGGUGGAAGCUUCACAAUGUACCAUUAAUGAAGAGUUAGCUUCAUCCGGUGAUGAUUCUAAAGUAUGUUUGGUUGUUGGGGAGUCUUUUGAGGCAGUUCAGAACAAUGAACCAUUGGAUAAUGCAUCCAUGAACAAUAGUUUACUUGAUGAUCACGGUUGUGAUGUAAACAGGGAUAUUGAAGCAAGUCCAAAUUUUAUUUCUAGUAUUCAAGAUGGUGCUUCAAGUGUACCAACUGAAAGUGCAGGUAUUGGCACUUGUAAGAUGGACAGUGCAUUAUUCUCUGAGCAAAAAGCUGAAGAAUGCUAUGAGGUUGACGUGAGUGGGAGACUAGAAGCUCAGCAAUCUGAGAAAAAUCAGAAUGAAACAUGUUUUUCUUUAUAUGGUGUUUGCAAAGUGGAUGAUCAGCCUUUUCAACACCAUACUGUUGAUAAUAAUGUUUCAAAUGUUAAGGCUUCUUCUGAUUUGGUUACACCCACAGAUUCUCUGGUGUUGCUGAAUGAAGGAUCCAGUAGCUCCUUGUUCUUUAAGAACUCUGAUGAUGCUAUUGAUUACCCAGUAGCAGUUCUGAACAAGGACAUAAGGAAAAAGGAUGAAAGUUCAGCUUUGACAAAGGUGUUGCCUUCUGUAGCGGUGGGAAGAGAUGAGAAGGUUGAAAAGAACUCUGCUGAAGUUGUCACUGAAGAUAUUCCUGAGCUAUGUGAGGCAGCAGGACCUGUAGAUUUUAGCCAUGAUGUGCAUGAAUUUUCAUCUAAACAUGAUUAUAUCCAGCUACAAGCUACAUCAAGCAAUGCAAGCAAAAUCACUAGUUCUGAAGAAGAAAGGAACCUUGCUACAUCCAAGCCAUAUAUUGAUGACAACAAUUGUAGUGAGUCACGAAGUUCUUCAGACAUUGCAGUUAGGAUAGAGUUGUCAACUUCCCUCGAAGCUGAAAUAAGGAUGGCUGGAGUUGAUGGUGAUAAUGACUGCAGGAUUGACCCUGUUCAGCUGGAGAGGAGUGGUAAGGAUGAAUGCUCAAAACCAAUCGUCGAAAAAGCCAGUGGUCAGUUGGAUGAUUCAGAGCAUAUUAUUCUGAAAGAACCUGGUGCUGUUUUACUGGAUGAUGCAGAAAAUAAGAUCUCACCCUCUGUUCAUGACCAGAUGGCUCCAAUGUCUGAUACAAGUUCGUUGGCUGAACAAAAAGAGAAUAACAUAAUUCAUUUGGAAGAAAAAGAAUAUGCUGCACCAUUGAUUGAUUCAAGUGACACAAACUCCAAGGACUGUGAUUCUGUCAUUGAGAAUACAGAAUUUUCCUCAUCCAAAGCCCAAAACACUGAUGUAGUGAUGAAAUCAGACAAGGAAUCAGUAAUGAACCAAGCAGAUAAUCCAACAAUUCUCCAGCACUUACAUUCUGAAGUUGAAAUUGUAGAACCAAAAGAAGCUGCAUCUAUGCCUGUAUCAUGCUGCAAUGAGAAAGAUGUAAACAUCCCUGCCUUAUCAGUUAUAGACAGUAACACAGAUGUUGAGGUAUCAAGACAGCCCCUUGUCGUGCCUACAUCAGGUGGUGAUGGCCCCCCAAACAAGUCAGAUGGCUCUGAAACUGCUAACGGCGAUGGGGUUCGGGUAGCUUCAUCAGCUGGGGUAACCUCUUUUGCUACUUGCCAAAGCACAGAAGGCAAAGGUGGUAAUCAGAGUUCAUCCGAACCAAGUUGUGGUUCACCAACUGUAAUUGGUUGCAGCAAUAGUUCACUGCUAGAUCCUGCUGGUCCUGCAUCUGUGACAGCAAAAAAUUCUGAUAGCCUUAAAUGCAAUGUUCAAGAUUCUAAAGUUAGUACGCCAUCAGAAGAUGAGGGAAAUUUCACAUUUGUAGUCCAACCAGAUGCAGAUGUUUCUCAAAAAGACACUAAGAAGGAUUGGGAACCCAUCCACCAUUUGCACUCCUUCGAUCAGCCUCAGAUUUCUCAGGAGAAUUCUCAGCAGCACUUGAAUGAAACUAAAAAAGCGAGUACUAGCAUCAUUAGCAAGACAACUGGGGAAGACAAAAGAAAGCAAGUUUCUGCCCGUGCAACUAGAAAGGUAGGCAACUCGAAAGGAGAAACUAAAGAGAAGUUACAAGAGAAACAUGGUAGAGGAAGGAAAAAGAACCCAGUUAGUACAUCACCUUUCCCUGACAGUGCCACAAGAAACAAAACCCAUACAGAGGGUAUACAACAAUCUCUCUAUAUUGAGACCAAUAAUACAAAAUCAUCCUGUUCUCCAUGUAUUCAAACAUCUAAUCUGCCAGAUUUGAACACUUCAGUUCCUUCAGCAUUGUUGCAUCAGCCUUUCACAGACAUGCAACAAAUACAAUUGCGUGCCCAGAUUUUUGUAUAUGGGUCACUUAUCCAAGGUGUCAUGCCAGAUGAGGCUUGUAUGAUUCCAGCCUUUGGAGGUUCUGAUGGAGGAAGGAGCUUAUGGGAGCGAGCAUGGCGAGCUGCUUCAGAAAGGUUUUAUAACCUAAAGUCAUCUCCCAGUACGUCUGACACACAUUUGCAUUAUCAUACAGGGAUCAGCGGCAGCCCUCUUCAAAGCAAGGCCCUCAACUCUCCUGCUGGCUGGAGUGACGUCAAAUUUCCGAAUUCAGCAAUACAAGGUUCCACUGUGUCAUUGCAGUCGCCUUUCCAGAGUUCAUCUAAGGAAGUUUUAUCCUCUAGUAUCUUAAGAGGCAUCCACUUGGAGUCCAAUCAAUCACUGUCCCCAUUGCAUUCAUAUCAAACUUCCCAUAUCAGACAAUAUCUGAACAAUACUACACCUUUGCUAUCUCAGAGUCCUUGUCCGGGUGCAUCAUCUCUUUCAUCUCAGAGUUUAUCUUUUGAUUCUAGUGCACAAAAUUCUGCAAAGCCUGUUUCUGAAACAACUCAAGUAGCAACUCUUAGGGAGUCUUCUAAACCUUGUGCCUCAAACAUGCAACUUGCUUCCCCUGGUGUCUCGCUGCCUAAUCAGGUUGCUAUCAGUGUUUCUGCUGCAUUAGUUGUGCCAGUGGAGACACAAAAUAGGGCUGCAACUCUGAGUACUAAGAAUGCAUCUGUUAGUGAGAAGUCCAGAAAGAAGAAGAAGGUUUCUGCACCAGAGGAGCUUGAGUCAAAAUUUUCAAUUGCUCAACCUCAAGCAGAAUCUGCUUCUGCUGCUGUUAUUACUAAUUAUAUAGCCACAUCUGGUUGUCUUUCUUUAUCUUCUAAUUUUCCAAGUAAUGCUACAUCUGGUGGUCUUGCUUUAAAUGCAUCUCACCCCGUAACUCUGCCUUACUCCCACAUAUUAGGCAGUGGUGACACUCAGCAGAGGGUUGUCUUGAAUGAAACAUGCACACAAAUCGAGCACUCAAAACAGCAAGCCGAGAAUGCUUCUGCUUAUGCUGCUGCUGCUGUCAGGCACAGCCAAAUAAUUUGGGAGCAGAUGGUGGUCCAAAGAAAUUCAGGCUUGGUGUCAGAGGUUGAAAAGAAACUUGCCUCUGCAGCUGUUGCGGCUGCAGCAGCUGCUUCUGUUGCAAAGGCAGCUGCAGAAGUUGCUAAGGUUGCAUCUGAGGCUGCAUUACAGGCUAAAUUCAUGGGAGAUGAGGCACUAAACUUUGCUAGCACAGGGAGGACCACUCAGAAUUCUGAGGUCAGCCUUGAAACUGGAAAAGAUUUGUUGUCAUCAACUCCUGGUUCAAUUUCCAUGGGCAAGGACAAGAUCCGUGGUCCUUUCUCAAUCAUUUCAACUGCCCAAAAGACCAUUAGGAAAAGGGUUGAAGCAUCUUCUGCUGCCAUAAAGCGUGCAGAAAACUUGGAUGCUAUACUGAAAGCUGCAGAAAUGGUUGCAGAAGCUGUAUCACAAGCUGGAACGAUUGUUGCCAUGGGGGAGCCCUUACCAUUCUCAAUAAGUGAAUUAGUUGAAGCAGGCCCUGAAGGUCAUUGGAGACGCAAUUGUGCUACUAUGGGAAACAUGUCAGAAGCAAUUGAUGUACAGGUUAGGGAGAAUUGUGAAUUAGAUGUGGCUAGUGAUCAUGAGAUUGUUGCACAACAAUCAAAUGACCAGUCAUCAAACCAUGAUGAAAGGAGAAAAGUUUCUAAUACUGAUGAAAUGUCGCCUGGUAACAAAAAUUAUGGAAGCAAAUUAGGAAGUGGAUCAAAAACUAUUCUAACUGAGCGACCUACAAGGGAUUCAUUGCAGGGAAGUAGCAUUCAGAAAGGGUCACUUGUUGAGGUUGUCGUUGAUGAUGGUGGUCUUAGAAGAGCUUGGUUUUCAGCAUGGGUUGUUGAUGUUGAAGAUAGCAAAGCACAAGUGUGCUACAAGGACCUUUCCAAAAAAGGCCAUGACAAGCUUGAGUGGAUACCACUUGCAUCAGAAGGUGACAAACCUCCUAGAAUACGUAUGGCUCAUCCUAUAAUUGUAGCCAAAUCUGAAGGAACAAGGAAGCGAGGGAGAGAGGUUUUAGGCAAUUUCACUUGGGCGGUUGGAGACAGAGUUGAUGCAUGGAUUCAUGAUGGUUGGUGGGAAGGAAUUGUCACCGAGAAGAGCCAAGAUGAUGAAACAAAAUUAACUGUCCAAUUUCCAGCUGGUGGUGAUUCCUCAGCUGUUAGGGCUUGGAAUUUACGACAUUCACUCAUCUGGAAGGAUGGCCAAUGGAUAGAAUGGUCUCGCGAUAAGGACAGAGUUACUCUUGAACCCUACGAGGGCGAUACACCGAAUGAGAAACGACAAAAGCUAGGCCAAGUUGAUGCCAACAAUAAGUCAGAAAUAGCUGAGGGAGAAAUGGGGACUAUGUCAAGAAAUGUUCAUACAGAUGGUUCAGGGAAGCUUGAAGAAUCAAGGCAACUUGGUACAUUAGGGAAGGAUGUAAUAAUUUCUUUUGGAAAUGAUGUGGGUGGAGCAAAUAACACCGAUACACUAAAGGUACGACGAGCAGGCCUUCAGAAAAUAGGAUCUAAGAUGGUAUUUGGUGUUCCUAAACCUGGAAAGAAAAGAAAAUUUAUGGAAGUAAGCAAACACUAUACCAAAGAUAAAACCGAAAAGGCAACUGAAAAGACUGAUUCUGUGAAAUCUGUUAACAGUUUGUUACCACAAGCAUCCCAGUCAUGGAGGAAUAUUUCAAAAGUUGAUGUUAAAGGAAAACGAGCCACCAACUUGAGUACCAGGGGCCAAAAGCCCUUGAAGUCUCAGAAUGUUCAGAUUAGAAGUAGUGUGGAUACGGAGAAGCUACCUGUCACCACUGCAUCUGUCUUAAAUGGGGAAAAGGGCAGUCUCAGAACUACUUUUAGCAAUGAAGAGAAAAAGAUGCCAAUGGAAAUUGGUUCUUUUUCACAACUUGGAAGAGUAGAUAUGCCAGUGGUAGGGUCUUCUGUACCUUGUAUUCCGUCAUUUAAGAUGAAUUCUUCUUCUGUUGAGGCUGAGGCGGGGGAGAAAGGAAAUGUUUUAUCUGCUGUGGACAAGUCAAACAGUUCUGAAUCUGAAGCUUAUGAAAAUCCUGGGAAAGGAUCUGCUGAUGUUAUUGAGCCCCGGAGAUCCAAUCGCAGAAUUCAGCCAACUUCAAGAUUGCUAGAGGGAUUGCAAAGCUCUCUCAUUAUACCCAAGAGUCCCGCCGUUACAUAUGAUAGAGGUGCCAAGACCAUGCAUAGAGGCGUCACAGCUUCUAGAGGGACGAGUCAUGGAUGAUGGGAGGGGCACCGUUUUAAUGUAAUUGAAUUAGCAUAACCCAUUUCCGCAUGUUGGCGUUAGAAUUAUCUAUUAGGGGUAAUGUAUGUAUGUACACAUACAACCAUGGAUUGGAAUAUAAAAAAAUUGUCCGCGGACGUGUAGGAAAACAUUAUCCUAUGGUUAGGUAUAAAACGUUACCUGUUGAAAGUUAGUUUUUGUUGUUAUCUUUGAUCCCAAGCCACUGACUUGAUUGUACUGCUCGAGAUAUUGCCAAACCUCUCAUUGCUCUUGUAGUGACGAUGAUUGAUGUAUACAAUUCACUUUAAAUAGGAUU